CAGACUGCAGCAGCUUGCGGUUCUCACAGCUCGGGGAAUGAACGCAGCAACAAGCUGGAGAGGCUGAAGUUUCUCUGAAACUCUGAAUCUGAUCCGCUUUUUUUCUAAUGAAAGGUGUGCUCAUGUUAGAGUGUUGGAUAUCUUAAAACUUUGUAGAUGCGUUGUUGUAGAUGAUUUUAAACAGCAUCCUCCAGCGCCCAGGUAAGGUAUCACAACAUUUACUACGAAACUAAACUGAGCGCAUACUUUGCACGCCUACUGUAGAGACUCAUUUUCGGGAAAAUAACUGUGUCAUAGUAAUAAUAAACGAGAAUAAAGUCUAGAAACACCCAGCAGUAGAUUUUCGGGUUAUUCGGAAUGCUUUCCGUGACUUUCCUCCUUGCAACGCUCUGCGUUUUUGCGCAGUUUGACACUAUGGACACUUUUACGCACGGCUGCCAGUUGCCUUCCGAGUGGCGGCCGCUGAGCGAGGCCUGCCGGGCGGAGCUGGCGGAGAUCAUCGUGUACGCUCGGGUCCUGGCGAUCCAUCGGGAGCCGCUGGGCUUCGUAGCGGGCAACAUGCACAACUCGCUGCCCUUCGGGUACGGCUACGAGAGCGCGGAGGAAGGACUGCUGUACUCGGCGGAGGUGGAGCUGCUGUGCGACCAGGCCUGGGGCAGUAUGCUGGAGGUGCCCUCUGGAUCCAGGCUCAACCUGACCGGGCUGGGGUACCUAUCCUGCCAGUCCCACACCGUGAUGGAAAAUUACUCCUACUUUUUCUUCCUCAGGAUGGAUGAGAACUACAGCAUCCUACCUCAUGGUGUGAACUUCCAGGAUGCAGUCUUCCCUGACACAAUGGAGAACAGACGCACAUUCUCCAGCCUUUUCCAGUUUUCCAACUGCAGCCAAGGGAGCCAACCAUUCCACACCUUCAGCCCUGAGUGGGACAUCCAGGAGGAUAGCAGGCUGCUGUGCUCCUCGGUGCAGCUGGCUCUGUUCGAGGAGGAGGAGCGGGGCCGAAGGCUGCAGGCGCGCCUGGCUGCAGCUGAGAGGAGGAACCGGCAGCUGAAGGAGCGCGUUGGCAAGGUGAAACGCUCCCUGAGAAACGCCCGCAAGGCUGCACACAAGGCAGAGCAGGAGGUACGGGAGCUGCAUGAAAAACUAAAGGCUGCUGAGAGGCGGGCAGGUCAUCACCUCAAUGCAGUGAUGCAGGAGGAGCCUCCAUUCGGGGGUCUCACAAGUGCAGCGAUACGGGAUAGGAUGCAGCUUUAAUUCUUUUUAUCUGCCAAAUGGACUGAGAACUGGCUAUGGAGUGAGAGAGACUGCUGGACAGUCUUUAUGCAAGGGACAAAUACCUUUCAUAAAAGAAUAAACCAACUAUUAAAGUAUUCAUCCACACAAUAUUUUUGUAAAUACACAAAUUCUCUUAUAUAUAUAAGCAUUCAUGAAAAUGCUAGUCAUGUUUGUGGAAAUGAACAGGCGUUUACUGAAAAAUCAUCUUAAGUUUAUUUUCUAUGUUUCUGAUCUUGCAGAUGAACACCUCCACUGCUCUCUGAUAGACUGUGUAAAUCCUCCUUAUACUAUUUUCGACAACCACAUCACAUUUAUCCCAGUAAUUAAUUUGUUUAUGGGCAUAACAUGCAAAUAUAAAAAUGUUUUAUCUCA